GUGAAGCGUAUUGGAGAGAGGUCAUAUUAUAUUGAUGGUCAAUCAGAUAAUCAAAGUAAUUGGUUACGAUUUGUUAACUGUGCUCGCAAUGUAGAUGAACAGAAUUUAAUAGCUUUUCAGUAUUAUGGUAACAUCUAUUAUCGCUCAUUCAAGCAUAUCUAUCCUGGUAAUGAAACUUAUGUAUGGUAUGGUGAACAAUAUGCAAGAGAACUUGGGAUUACAGCUAGUUUUGAAGAAGUAUUUGGUCAGAAUGGUAAUCUUCAAAGACAUCUUCGUAUACACACUGGUGAUAAGCCUUACCAAUGUCAGUAUUGUGGAAAAGGAUUUAGGGAUAAUGGUAGUCUACAAAAUCAUCUUCGUGUACACACUGGUGAUAAACCUUACCAAUUUUGUGACAACUGUGAGGAGAUUCAUCAUGGUGACUGUCCUGUUCAUGGACCCUUACUAACUCUAGAUCCUUCUAGUGGUCAUGAUGAAGCAUCUCUACAAUACACUACUGUAUUUGUUCCAUCUGAAUUAACUGUUAAACCUUCUAAGAUACCCAAUGCUGGUCUGGGUGUUUUGCUACACAGUUUAUACCUCGUGGAGUUAGAUUUGGUCCUUAUGAAGGAAGGAGAGUGUUAA